CAUGUGGAGACGAUUCGUAUCAAAUUUUCCGUUGGAGAGGUUUGCUGCGCCAUGUGUUGGACGUACUGUCAACAUUAUCGACCAACGUGUCGCCCGGUUACUGAACAUGUUUUUUAAACUACAUGUAGGACAAUAUAAUUCACCUAUGAAGUGAACAUAUAUGACAACAGAAUAAUGUAAAGGGUGCAGCGAGUACAGCUGACGGCCGCACGAACUGUACUGUAAUACUAUGGUAAUACCGAUGUAGAGAGGGUCUGUUUAUAUCAACCAUGUGGAGAAGCUCAGUGAGAGCAGGCUACAGGUGUUUUGGGUGCAGGAAUGUUGGACCAAAGGGAAUCUGGGGCUCCCAUGCGGUGCGUACAUGCAGCGCUCCGGCCUUACCUGCGGGCAGGAUCACAGCACUCCAGGCCGUGGAUUUAUGGAAGAGGCACUUUGAGGAGAGAGGUGUGACAGAGCCCGACCACUCGAGCCACUACAUCCUCGCUCAUUUGCUCGGUGCUAAAACCAUAGAAAGUGUUGAGCAGGGGAAGUUAACGGAGCUCCUCAGCCGAGAAACAACAGAGCAGAUGUGGGAGCUCUGCACAAGACGCCUCUCCAGAAUGCCUGUGCAGUAUGUGAUCGAGGAGUGGGACUUCAGGGAUCUGACACUGAAGAUGAAACCACCUGUGUUCAUACCAAGACCUGAAACAGAGGAGUUGGUUGAACUCGUGCUCUCUGAUCUGGAGAUGAAGCCCAGGACCGGAGCGACUGCAGACGCUCAGCUUACAUGUUUGGAAGUGGGAUGUGGCUCUGGUGCUGUUUCUCUCAGUCUGCUGAAGAGUCUGCCUCAGCUUAAAGCCAUCGCCUUGGACCAAAGCCAGGAUGCGGUGGAUUUAACACGGGAGAAUGCAUUGAGGUUGGGGCUUCAGGACAGACUACACAUUUAUCAUGUAGAUGUAAUGAAAGAUGCAGAGUCAGUGCUGAGCCUCUGCGGCUCUGUGUCAGCUGUGGUCAGUAAUCCUCCGUACCUGUUCUCAGAGGAUAUGGCCUCGUUGGAACCUGAAAUUCUUAGGUUUGAGGACCACUCUGCUUUAGAUGGAGGCACAGACGGCCUGAAAGUGAUCAAGCAGAUUUUGACUCUGGCUCCACAGAUCCUGACAGACAGUGGCCGUGUUUACCUGGAGGUGGACCCCAGACACCCCCCGCUCAUUCGGCAGUGGGCGGAGGCGAACGUGGGAGAGCUGCGUUUUGUGAAGACGCGGGACGACAUCACUGGCAGGCCGCGAUUCUGCAUCCUUCAGAAAAGAGAAGUCAAGCAAGGACCAUGAGCUGGAUCUGGAUUGAGAAACUGAGAUCCUAUUACCCUGGCUUUAGUCCAGGUCGCCACAGCCUCGGCUCCUCCACCCCCCCACCCCCACCCCCACUGAGCCGACGAGCUCGCACUUGCACUGAUUUGAUCACACAGAAUUCACAAUUUUGCAGAAACCAAAAUCACUUUCACGUCACUGUUGGGGUUUUUUUUGUGCAUUUUUAAUAUGGUAACAUUUGCGAUCACAUCCUGCACAAUAAAAAUAAAUAAAUAAAUGUGUGCGAGAUGGCACAAAAGCAGGCUCAAAGCUGAAGGUAAUUACCGAGGCUUUUCUUAGAACCCUCCCUCUCAGAAUCUCACCCUCCUCCCAGGAAGCAUUCAGUAGUUCUGUGAAUCUGCUGAUGAACGGUCCUCCCCUUCGCUUGUCCACUCGCUGACUCAGAUGCAGGCUGUAUGCAUUGUUGAGCAAAGAAACACACACACACACACACACACACACACACUCUCACACACUCACGAACACAAUGUGGCCUUUACUUCCCCGGCACAAUCUGCGCUUCUCACACGCUUAAAGCUCAAAGGCCACAAAGUCUUUGUGUUUCAAAGGUGAUUGAAGGCGAAAAAUAUUUCGUAACAAGUGUCACAAGAGCAGUCAUCAUGUGGUGGCUGUGGUGGAAGUUAAUAAUAAUGGUGAUGAUGGCAGUGUCUCCCCCCUCAAUCCUGUGAGUAAUACUGCUGUUUUAAGCAACACAAGGGAGGAGGAUAUAAAAGGACAACGAGUUGGGCUCAAGUUGGUUAUUUUAAUAGAAAAACGUACACAUGUAAAAGGUAGAAAAAAUGUUUUACUGAGAAAAAUAAAAUGGCUUAAAAUGA